AACUAAAACUCAAUCGGAAAGAACUAUUCUUGGCCGAAGCGUCGCGACGUAACAUCAGUUCUACUUGAAAAUUCGUCAAAUUAUCACGAUAAUGACGUUGCUAAGUAUGCAGUGUGCGGUUUGCGGUGUUUCUGCUCCUCUCACCUGCACCAGGUGCAGACUGGUCCGGUACUGCAACGGAGAGCAUCAAAAGCAGCACUGGCCAAAGCACAAACGCUGCUGCAAACCUUUUCGAGAGGAGCAAGACCCCGCGCUGGGACGUUACUUGGCCGCCACCCAGGACAUUCAAGCUAAACAGAUCAUAUUCGUCGAGGAGCCACUAGUUGUGGGACCCAAAUGGUUUCUGACCGAAGGGGAGAAGUCAGCCACAAUUGUGCCAUGUGUCGGUUGCUUUACGCCUUGUCGCCUGGGCAAACAUCAGUGUCGCAACUGCCAUUGGCCAGUGUGCAGUGUUGGCUGUGCACACGAGAGUCUGGAGUGCAGCAUUCUCAGUCUUGGCAAUGCACCUGGAGCCAAAUCGGAUGUGCGGGGACAGCACGAUUACUUUCGCCAUGAUGCACUACUGGUGUUAAAGUGUCUGUUGCUGCAGCGCUCCCAGCCGGAACGCUGGAAGGCAUUGCUGGAGAUGCAAUCACAUGAAGAGGAGCGUCUUGGCACGGAGUUACAAUUGGAGGCGGAGCAGCGCAUUGUAAGCUACUUGCAGCAGCGAUUUCUACGCCGUCUGAAGUCGAACACGAACAAGCAGAAUGUGCUCAGCGACUAUGAGCCUGAGCUGUUGCAUCGUCUCUGUGGCAUAAUUGAGACGAACUACAUGGUCAUUGAGCUGGCCACCGGAGUGGAGCUGAGCGGUCUGUUCCGGCAAGCUUGUAUGAUGGAACACGCUUGUCAGCCCAAUUGUUACUUUCAGUUCGAUGCAACCACGCAGCGCAUUGCAGUGCGCGCUGGAUGUGAUAUUAAGAAGGGCGACCACUUGAAGAUCACAUACACAAACAUAUUGUGGGGCACGCAGAUGCGGCAGCAUCAUCUGCGCAUGACCAAGCACUUCAGCUGUCGUUGUCCGCGAUGUGAGGAUCCCACCGAAUACGGCAGUUACGUGAGCGCUAUGCGCUGCCUGGGUGAUGUGUCCAAGACGUGUGACGGUCUUCAACUGCCAGUCGAGCCUCUCAACGAACAGACACAAUGGAAGUGCGACACUUGCCCCAUGUUGGUGGAUGCCGCUUAUGUGACAGAGGUGCAGACCCACAUGACAGAGGAGGUGGAGAGAUUGUUAGCCGGCAGUCCUACAGCAAGUGAAGUGGAAUUGCUUUUGGCACGUCUAUCGCAAUUGCUGCAUCCGAAUCACUUUCACAUGUUCAAUUUGAAGCAUACACUCAUACAGCUAUAUGGGCAUGAACCGGGCUUGGAAUUGGUUACGCUUACCGAUCUUCAACUCGGUCGUAAGCUUAGGCUCUGCGAGGAAUUGCGCAAUGUGUGUCAUCGACUAGACCCACAUAGCAUUAAGUUGGCCAUUUACGUGAGCGUCAUUUUGAUAGAGGUUGCCCACACACUGGAGGAAAAAGCUCGUAGAUUGCCUGCUGAAGCGAAACUUCAAUUGGAAUUGGCUCAGUCACAUCUGCAGCAAGCGGAAGAGGUGUUGGAAAAGGUGCAGGACUCUGUGGCUGGCAAAAAGCUGAACGACAGGCUACAGCUGGAUCAAUUCGAGCUGGACAAACUGAUGUUGGCCAAUAACCACAGCCAAACACAAACGGCUGUUUAACUAGUAAAACAAACAAUCAUGUAUCAUAUGAACAAAACAUUUAAUUUGUUUACAUUUACCUUAUUCGUAUCUUAUCAUGAGGCUGCAUGCAGUUCGAUACGCUCCUGCUCCAGCAACUGCGGAUUCGCUUCGAGAAUCUCUCGCUGUCGUCUCAGAUUUUUGACAAUGCCAGGCAGAUGCCAGCCAUGCCGCAGCAAGCUAUCGGUCACAUCAAAGUGUGCGUGACGAACACAUCGCAGUUGUGAGCAGUGAGCCACUGUUCUCAGUUCUAUAGCCAUGUCAUGGAUAAGAGCAGCAAUAAAUUGCUCGCUUUCAUUGAUCGCAUGCAACUCAAGUGUAAAGUUCGGCCUCUCGAAAUGUAUCAGUUUUAUUCCAUAUAGCACUGGUUGACUGUUAUCAGCUGGCCGGAUGAGCCCUUUACAAGCCAAUUCGUAUGCAGCCUGCGUCUGCAAAUCAACGCCGCACAUUUCAUACAUUUUGCGUUGGUGCGACGCUUGCAAGGACGCCGCCAGGCCACUUAUGCGAUCCGCACUAACAUGGCGAUGGUUGGCGCGUACUGUGACUCGUGAGUCAGGCAUGUGGUUCUCUGUGGCAGUUCCCAUACGAGCUGUCACAUGGUAUACACGGAUGGGGCGAUUACGCUGUAUGUGAAUGGACUGUUUCAGUCCAUCAUUUAUGCCAAAUA